CCAGAUAGAGCCUGAGCAUCCGAACUUUGUUGGAGGUUCACAAGUACCUUAGGAGGACUGAACGUUAAUGAUAUAAUUCAGAGGACUGCGGGCAGACUAGAGUCUCUUCACUCUGAGGGUGUUCACGUAUGGAUAUACUUUGGAAGAAGACGCUGAUAUGGAUAUGAUGAAUAUUGACUGGCCGGCGGAUUCUGUUGAAAAAGCUAAGAUAAUCCGAACAAAGGCACAAACGAUAACCAGUUAUGUUGAAGCAGUUUCCAGCAGUUUUAUCACAGGGAUAUCUGAUGUGGCUGAAGCUUAUCUUGCAGCCAUUAAGGCUGCAAGUGCUGAUUCCCAAGAAGUUAUUCCGCAGAAAUCUUUCCAAGAAAAAGCCAACGUCUACUCAGAAAAUCUCCGUGCUGAUCAAAACACAGCAGUCGCGAAAAUGCAAGAUGGGCUCCAAUACCUGUCGUACGUGGUCCUUUCUACUUCAAUGCCGGUUGGUUGAGAAAUUAGAUUUUAGUUUGUCAUAGUCAUUCAGUUAGCUAGUUAGUUGUAUUUUGUAAAUAGUUGUAUAUAGAACAUAAGGCGCAUUGCGGUGUCUCAUUGAGUUGAACUCAUUUAGACUAAGAGUGUGUUUGGAUUGAGGGAUUUGGAGGGAAGAAAAAGGAAGCGAAAUAGAGUUUUCUUCCAAUUCCCUUGUUUGGAUAGUUUAUUACAAAUUAAGGGGAGGAUUUGAGGAGAUUUGGGAGGAAUAUUUCAUUAAAUUUUUAUUAAAAUUCUCUCUCUAAAAUGGAGUCAUUUGGAGGGAAGGAAUUACUAAUUAA